GACCCCCUCACCCCUGGUGAAGAUGUCACUGAGGACACUGCCACUGCUCUUCAUUAACCUGGGCGGUGAGAUGCUGUACAUCCUGGACCAACGGCUCCGAGCCCAGAGCAUUCCGAGUGACAAGGCCAAAAAAGUAAUGAAUGACAUUAUCAGCACUAUGUUUAAUAAGAAGUUUAUGGAAGAAUUGUUCAAAUCCCAAGAACUGUAUUCCAAGAAAGCCCUAAGAACAGUGUUUGAUCGACUGGCCCAUGCCUCCAUUAUGAGACUUAACCAAGCCAGCAUGGACAAGCUCUAUGACCUGAUGACGAUGGCUUUCAAGUACCAAAUACUGCUUUGUCCAAGGCCUAAAGAUAUCUUGUUGGUCACAUUUAAUCAUAUGGAUGCAGUUAAGGAAUUUAUUCGUGACUCGCCAAGCAUUCUCAACCAGGUAGAUGAGAUAUUCCGACAGUUGAUCGAGACGUACAGCUGCCUGCCUGCGGGAGAGUUUCAACUCAUCAGACAAACGCUGCUGGUUUUCUUUCAGGAUCUUCAUAUCCGAGUGUCCAUCUUUCUGAAGGAUAAAGUUCAGAAUUCCAAUGGACGAUUUGUGCUGCCAAUUUCUGGGCCUGUACCUUGGGGAACAGAGAUCCCUGGAUUGAUCAAAAUGUUUAACUAUGAUGGAGAAGAGGUGAAACGAGCAACUUUCCCAGCCAGGGGCAGUUACACCAGUGUGCUGACAGAAGGAUCUUUUGAUCUCUUUGGUGACAGAGUAAUUAAACUUGGCACAAAUAUGUACAGCAUUUCACGGCCCGUGGAAACACAUAUGCCAGGGGCAUCAAAGAACUCAGCUACACGUACAAAGGAGAAUACAGCUCCCAACCCACUGGCUAAGGAAGAGCUUAAUUUACUGGCACUGUUAAUGGGAGGUCUAGAGAUCAAGAAGCCUAUGGGCAUUGAGCCAGGGUUUCGGCUAAAUCUCUUUGGCACAGAUGAAGAGGAGGACCAAGCAGCAGCCAUUAGACCUCCAGACCUUCUUGAAGAAGUGAUUGAGAUACAGGUGUCGAAGGACCAGCAGCAGCAUGAAGAGUUAACUCGAAUAAUGGGAGAAUUUCAUGUUCAGGAACAGCCCAGGCAUAGCCGCAGUAAAGGAGAUGAUCUCCUGGCCAUGAUGGAUGAUCUGUGACAUCCUCUGAGAGCUGAACUCCUAUUCUGUACAAUUCUGUGCACUUCAGCACUGUUUUAUCCAGUUUAAACUUAUUGUAAAUAGGAAAUAUUUAAGCAACCAGACUCUGUCUCGUAAUUCAAUAAACAUUUGUGACCCUCAGAACCUGGACGAAGGUGUGGAAAAGCAUUGGGGUAUGGGGUGACAAAGGCAUUAGCUCAGCUGUGAGUCAUUACAGACCAGUGAUCUGGUGGAAGAUUUGUAUAGGUUGUGCAAGUGAUUUCUUAAUAUAAUUUUUGAGUGUGCAUUUGUGAAAAUCAAAUCAUAACAUGUAAAACUGGGACUCUGACUGUAGCCUUGGGUGGAAAUUAGAGGAAGGUAAAACUUUGUGGAUGGUCAAUAAGUAUGUUGUAAAAUUAAAGCCAGUCAGUGAGGCUAGAGUAGGCUCACAGUGUGUGCCUGGUAUCACAGUCUAUGACAGUGGAGUCAUUGGGCCACACUAAGGCAUCUUGCUGGCAGUUGUAUGGAAAUCUGGUUGGAUGGUUAAUACAUUUUAUCAAACAGACAAAGCUUUGUUCAUCUUUUAAUAUUGAAGGAUAGAGCUAGCCUCAAGAUUUGGGGUUCUGAACUUUGAACACUAAAAAAUUCAUUAAAAUGUUACAAGUAAAUUAAAUGUCAGCUUUAAUUUGUACUUAGCAUAUCUGAUUCUGAUUCAUGUUUAUUCUUGAUUUAAUAUUUAUUAUUUUAACAUUGAAGUUCAAUGCUUUCAUUCUGUAUAUUUUUAUUCCUCCAUUUCUUGGAUA